UGAAUGAUUGCUGAAUCCUGCAACGUUCAGAGUCUAUACACAAUCUGUAUUUUUGUUGAAUAUUCUUUUUUCGUCCUUAGGCGUCAGGACGACAUGCUUUGUUAACGGACUUACGGAAGAAAGAAACACGCCGUUCGUUAAAGAAAGUUUCCAAACCGAUAGAGCCGCCGAAAAAGCCGUUACCAGGCCUCCCAGAACGACCGAACAGUCCUCGACGACCUCCACCGUCACCUCGGUCCCAGUCUCCAUUGAGGGUUCCCCCUAGACCUGGACCCGAGUCUCGCUCACCCUCACCAUCGUCUCGUAAGAAGAUAUCUGUAUCGUCAGUGGAAACCGCACCAUCGCGUUCCACUUUUGAAAUGAAACCUCCCUCCAAGCCCCUUCCUCCUGCCCCGAGAUCGAAAAGUCCUCUUCCUCAUCGGUCCGUAUCAUCUCCAGCAGAAUCAAGUGCAAAAAAUGACGUCACUGUCACGGUUCAGUUGGUUCUCACGCGAUCCAUUAAAGUGGACGAAGCGGCCUCGACCCAGGACCUUUUGCGUGCGGCGGCUAAUACUUUUAAACUCCCUGAGGAUGCAUUUGCAUUGUGGUGCAUGAAGAACGAUCAGCUCGAAGCCCUUCAAGAUCAGGAUCUUGGAGAAAUUCUGCGCUCACCUCCGGAUAACAAGCCAACAGUUUACUGCUACGAAAAUAAAUCCGAGUAAAGUUACUCUGAUAAGUUUUCAGAAAGCUGAUGGACUUCAGUGAAAUUGUCACUUGUAACAAUAAACUGUAGUCAGACAAGAAGCUUCAGGAGAAUGGGAAGGGUGUAGAAGAACCGUUAGUCAAGUCAUUCCUAGUUUAUCUGCUUCCUCCUCUUGUCCUAUCUUUACCAUGACUAGGAGAAUGUUUGUUUACAAUAUUUGCCUCAUUAGCAUAUUUUAAGCGAUUUAGUUUCUGAUAGAGCUACCAAAAUAUCGGUGCUGAAUAUUGACAGGGCAUAGCACUAUUAACUGUUCCAAGGGAUUUGAUCCCGAUGUACUGAAUAUUUGUUUUAUUUUAUGUUGGUUUUAAAACCCAAAACUUCAAAAAGAAUGUACGAGUCCAUUAGGGCUUGUGCCACUCAGAAAUUUUGAAGUUUUUAAAAGCCAAUUUCUCCUGGAAUAUUGCACCCCAAGAACCACACAUUUCACCAUUUACUAAAUUUCACAAGCUCUUUAAGUGUCGCUUUAUUUAGUACGGUAUAUUUAAACAGAUAAUCGGGUUAUAAACAGUAAGAGAUAUUAGCUAAAAUGUCAUUUAGCACAAAAAUGUACUGUCGUAAACGACAAAGUCAUUUAAAUGUAGAUUUUUGCAAGGAUAUCUUGCCUGUGGGAUAAAUACAUUAAUUUCCUGAAUAGGCCAUGUUAGAAUAAAUGUAUGGAAGGUAGUAAUUUUAUUUAAAAAGUAUGUAACACCAACAACGAAACAGAAAAUUAUGAGCAAACAAUAUUUCAAGUAAGUAAAUGACCCUAAAGUUCUUGGUCAUGAUUUGAAAAGCUUGAUAUAGCAAUGUCCGUUGUAUUUAUAGUGUUGAAUCGCAAAAUAUUUUUGUGUUACUGCUGUAGGGAUAUACUGAUAUGAUAUUUGAGACGAUGCAUUUUUUUACUCAAAUAAAAAUAUUUUUAAACAGA